AUGACGAUGACAAACCAGGAAAGAAGGCGAGAAAAGCUGUUGAAAAAUGAUAGUAUUCAAGCGGUAUUUAGGACAACGUGUGACCUGAAGUGUCUGGACAAGUUCACUAGCUCUGAGGUGUUGGAGAAAAGAAGGUACUUUUGGGACAAAGAUCGAGAUGUACAGAGACAAUACAUCAUGUCACAAUUAGAGGCUACUUUCAGCUUCUACCAAGAACAGGACGCAUGUAACAUCAUGUUCACAGUUCAAGGCCAUUCGGUGUGUCCGAAGUGUUGGCGACUAAUCUUUGCGAUUAGCAAAUCAAGGUAUUACAGCGCACUGUCAGAUGUCAGGAAAGGCCUCGUCACAGCCAGUCCAGAUCAUCGAAAAGAUUUAUGCUACGACACAAAACGGUUUUUAGCAGCAAAGCUCUGGCUAACCCGUUUUACCAGAAGAUUUGGAGACCCAAUGCCACACAGGGUACAAAUUCAGCUGCCUUCAACACUAACGAAGAGGGCGAUCUGGCAAGAAUACCAAGAAGAAUUCAGCAUGAAUGGAUCAAUCUAUUUGAAAUACAACAGAUUUCUACAAAUGUGGUCCGAACACUUUAACCACGUGACAAUACCAAAGUGUAAAGACUUCACACAGUGCAAAGACUGUCUGGACUACCACAAUGCAAUGCUAUGCAAGCCAUCAAAAAGAAGAACAGAAAGAGUUGAAAGAGGGUUUAAAGGCACACCUCAAUUUACAAAGGCCAUUUGGCCGAAUGCUGCUUUUAAAUCCCUGUAA